AUGAUCAGAAUUGAUAAUGGAGAGAAACCAUAUGAAUGUAAGGAAUGUGGGAAGGCCUUUAGUCGUCAUACAGACCUAAGAGUACAUCAAAUAAUUCAUACUGGUGAGAAACCGUAUGAAUGUAGGGAAUGUGGCAAGGCCUUUAGUCGUCUUACAGACUUUAAAGUACAUAAGAGAAUUCAUACUGGUGAGAAACCCUAUGAAUGUGAAGAAUGUGGGAAGGCCUUUAGUCGUGCCUCAAACCUUGCUCAACAUGGAAGAGUUCAUACUGGUGAGAAAUCCUAUGGAUGUAAGGAAUGUGGGAAGGCCUUUAGUGACGUUGGAACACUUAGAAUACAUCAGAGAAUUCAUACUGGUGAGAAACCCUAUGAAUGUAAGGAAUGUGAGAAGGCCUUUAGUCAAGCCUCAAACCUUAUACAACAUGACAGGAUUCAUACUGGUGAAAAACCCUAUGAAUGUAAAGAUUGUGGGAAGGCUUUUAGUCAUGCUUCACAUCUUGUUAGACAUGAGAGAAUUCAUACUGGUGAGAAACCCUAUGAAUGUAAGGAGUGUGGAAAGACUUUUAGGAGUAGCCAUCAACUUACUAUACACCACAGAUUUCAUACUGGUGAGAAACCCUAUGAAUGUAAGGCAUGUGGGAAGGCGUUUAGUGUGUAUGGACGCCUUACUCGACAUCAGAGUAUUCACAGUGGUGAGAAACCUUUUGAGUGUAACAAAUGCGGGAAGUCCUUUAGGCUCAGUUCAAGCCUUAAAGUACAUCAGAGUAUUCAUACUGGUGAAAAACCCUUUGAAUGCCACAAAUGCGGGAAGUCCUUUAGACUUAAUUCAUCUCUUACUCUACAUCAGAAAAUUCAUACUGGUGAGAAACCCUAUGAAUGUGACAAAUGUGGGAAGGCCUUUAGUCAACACACAGACCUUACAGUACAUCAGAGAAUUCAUACUGGUGAGAAGCCUUAUGAAUGUAAGCAGUGUGGAAAGGCCUUUAAUCAUGCAUCCAACUUUCUGUGA